GGCUGUCCAUACAUACAUGACAUACAUUUUCCAAUGUUUUGAUGUCCAGCAUUGUCAUUGACUUCGAGGUUCUGCCUGAGGAAGGGCCUUCUGAUCCAACUGCAGCGCAGGUGUGUGAAGAUCUGAAACGACAGCUGCAGGACAGAAACAGCGACUUGCGUCGAGGUGAAUUCGGAAGGUUUGCGGAAAACGCCUCCUUGAGUGUUGAUGGCAAUGUGGUUGCUCGUGCCAGCGAAAGCCCGGCAGAGGUGCCCUCAGCCGGGGAGGUUGUGUACCCGAGCAGUGGCACAUUUGAGCCGACAUUCACCUCACAGGACCACCAGCUGCAGCCCAUACAGGGUGCUGCUCCACUUGACCCGACAGGAUGGGAGAACCUGUCCAAUUCUGAGCUGCUCCAAAGCAUUGCUCAGCGCGAACGUCAAAUUGUGCGCACUGCGAUUGGAGGUUUGGGAACUGACGUGCCUCCAUCGACCAGGGGAGUUGCUGCGGAUGUGGAUGCCCUCGAAUCUCGUUGCGCACAUCUAAGCCAGCGACUGGAGGUGGCUGAACAAGACCUUCGCAAUGAAAAGGAGGCGGGUAGAGCCAACAAACUCAGAGUUGAACAGCUCGAGUUGAAGUUGAAGGAUAGAGAGCAGCUGUUGGGGCAUGCAAAGGAAAUGUGGAUGAAGGAAAAUGUGAGGGCUUCAAAGCUUGCGGACACUUUGACCGCUGUGGAAGACAAGUUGGCAGAUCAGGAGAAACGCUUGGCUGAUGUAUCUGCUAGAUAUGCUGAAGCGCAGCAGGAGGUGAGACAGCUACAACAUUUGCUUGGGACCGGUCUUGGACCUGAAGGAGGUAUCGCCUUUGCCGGUGAUGGCUUCGACAGGGGUGCCCGCAAUGGACACUCAAAGGUGGACGACUCCAUGAUGGUCGGAAGUGCCGGUGGCGACUCGAGCAUGCAUUCACCUCAAAGAACAUUGGGUGCAACGCGAGUGCCGCAGACUGAGAAUGACACCAACACAGAGCGAUUCAGGCGGCUUUGCCUCAUGGAUGACGCUGUUUUGUAUGAAGACGAGUUGCUACAGAUUGGUGUCAAAGCCGAAUACAGCGGUCUUGAAGGUCAGGUGGCGGUGUUCUAUGGCAACAAAGGCAAUGCAGCAUUGCAGAGCUUCGUAGCCCAAUAUUUGGUUCGCGAGGAGCACGCAUUGAAAGUGGUGGCGUCCCCUCUCAAUCAGCAUUUGGAAGCAGACCAGCAAAUUGUGCAGCGUUUGCAGGUUACAAUGCUUGAGCCAUUUGGAGAACCUCCCUGGCUGCGGCUUCAAUUUCUGUUGCCGGAUGCAAGUCCAAGAAGGAUACAGCUCAAGUUCCCCAUCAUUCUGCCAAAGUUUAUGGUUGGGAGGCAGCUUUCUCAGCAGGACUUUUUUCGGUACUGGAGGCAGCAGCAUUUCGUUCUCAAUGAGGUGACGUGCGUUGUACACCUGGCAGAGCGGCUCCGUGGCCCGAUGGUCAAUAUCGCCAGGUCCAUACCUUUUGGCGGAGCCUUCAGAUUGCAUCAUGGGGUCGACAGCAAUGCGGACAAUUUCGUUUUGGUCUCUUCCUUGGCAGAUGGGCAGAUUGAUUUGCAAGGAAAAGACACUGAUGCUCUUUCCCUGAUGCGGGUUGAGGUUGGAAGCGGCCGAUUUGCGGGCAAAGCGAGAGUAGUGGUUCGAAGCAGCAGCCACGUGGUGGCAAAGGCACUUUGCGAUUGCUUGGUGACUCAGCUUGCUGAGCCACAAGCAUUUGUGCCUCAUUCAUGCUCAAUUCCGGCACGGUGAGAAACACCAGUCAGAAGUUGUUAGAAACGAACUGGUUCGGAGCUUGAGACUGAGUAUGUGGCGAAAUGUGCCCCAUAAUGACGCGUCAAAAACCUCGCCGCUGAGUUCUGCGCAAGUGAGUCCCAAAAAUGCCUCUCAAAGACAGCGGCCCGCUGCAUGGCUGAGAAGUGCAAAUACCACAUCACUUUUGGUGUUGUGAUUGUUGCUAGCUGCUAUGUAAUUUUUCUAGUUAGUCGG